UCCUCCAUUGUCUGAGGCUUUGCUGAAGGGAUUGGCACGCGCUACCCUUGGCCGUUGGAAUUUCCCAUGGUGUGGAAUAACAUCGAUGCAGGGUGAGGAUGUGUGGGCACCUCCCGUCAUCAAACAGAAACAGGAUGUGAGGUUGCCACGGUAACAGCCUUCUUGUCCAACUCUUGUUUCUGUGAGUGGGAAGCCACUGCCCCCACACUAAAGACAGGACAUGUUUGAAGUGAAACCUCGGGAGGUGGCGAAGAAGGAGUCGAGCACGGAGACGGAUGAGGGGCUGGGCAGCAGCGGGAAGCAUUACGGCUCCGGAUCUCUGGGAUCUGGUUCCGUCGGCUCCCUGUACCUGUCCGACAGUCAGGACUGGGUGGUUUCUCCGAGCUGCUCUCCAGACGAAGGCCCGGGCCCGAUCAACACCAUCUCCCCCAUGUUGGCCGAAGAGACCCUCCUCUACAUGACGUAUCUUGCUUUGGAGCCCUCUUCCUAUCCCCGUCCUGGCUCUCAGAGCCUCUCUAAAGUCCUCAGUGCUGAUCGCAUGGAGCAGAUGACCAAAACCUACAAUGACAUCGAAGUGGUCACGCAUCUUUUGGCUGAGCGGGACAAAGACUUGGAGCUGGCGGCUCGGAUCGGUCAGUCGCUGCUGCAGAGAAACCACCUGCUUCAAGAACGCAACGAGGCCUUGGAGGAGCAGCUGGCCCAGGCUGUGGACCAGGUGAACCAGCUCCAGCACGAGCUCUGUAAAAAGGAUGAGCUUCUGCGGAUUGUGGCCAGCGCCUCGGAGGAGAGCGAGAAUGACUCCAGCGUGUCCACCCCGCCACUGCACCCUCAGCCACUGGGAGGGACCGCCACUGCCGCCCUCAGCCAGCUGGAGUCUCUGCAGAACAAGCUGCAGGAGCUGGAGGAGGAGAACCAGGCUCUAAGAACGGAGGCCUGUCAGCUAAAGAGGGACACGGUGACGUAUGAGGAGAAGGAGCAGCAGCUUGUGAGCGACUGCGUCAAAGAGCUCCGCGAGUCCAACAGCCAGAUGGUGUCUCUGACAGACGAGCUGUCCCAGAAGAACGUGGAGCUGCUCAGACACCAGGAAGAGAUCGCCCAGCUGCUCUCCCAGAUAGUAGAGCUUCAGCACAGAGUCAAGGAGCUGGCUCUGGAGAAAGAAGAGCUGAGGAUCCACCUCCAGGCCUCCAAGGAUUCUCAGAGGCAGCUCACAGCAGAGCUGAAUGAGCUGACAGAGAGGAACGCCGAGUGUGCAGAAAUGCUCCACGAGUCGCAGGAGGAGAUCAGAGAGCUCCGGGGUAAAGGCGCUCCUUCUGCUGGGACGAGACGCCACUUCUCCUACGGUCUUUACCCCAUGGACUCCUUGGCAGCGGAGAUCGAGGGCACCAUGAGGAGAGAGCUGAGUGUGGAGGAGGAGACGGCCUUCCAGGACCAAAGAAUUUCCCAGAAGCGAAUUUUCCAGACUGUUCAUUCCGUCAACUCCUCGGCGUCUCGCUCUCCUCUGGCUGGCGCUCCCAUCCCUGGUUCUGGACAGAGCUCUCCGGUCAUGACGGCCCAGCCCUUCCAGUCCACUCAAGGUGAGGAGGUGCGCAUUUGCCGGCCCGGAUCACCGGGAGGUAACGACCUCACCAAAGCACUCCACCGCCUGUCGCUUCGGAGGCAGAACUUCCUGUCGGAGCAUCAGUUCUUCCAGGCAGAGCGUGAGAAGAAGCUGCGGGCAGACGGAGAGGGCAGCGGCUGCAGCUCGCCCCUGGGCAGCACGCUUUCCUCUUUCUCCAACCUGUCGGAUCUGUCGGUCACUUCCACCGUUUUUAAAACGUUCCUGCCUGAGAAACUCCAGAUUGUCAAACCGAUGGAAGGCUCGCUGACGCUCCACCACUGGCAGCAGCUCGCCAAACCUCACCUCGCCACCAUCCUGGACCCGCAUCCCGGCAUUGUAACGAAGGGGUUCCGGCCACUGGCUCAGGAGGCGGUGUACCACCUGUCUGACAUGGAGGAGGAUGAGGAGGCCGAAGAGCACAGUGGAGUCCUCGAGAAAGGAGCGGCAGAGAGGUGUAAGGAAGAGGGUGAUGAUGAGGAGGAGGAAGGCGGGAUUACCUUCAAUGUGUGCUGCUCGUCAACACCAGAAAGCAGAACGGACAGACGCCACUUGGCACCACCUGGUUCCCCCACACCUCUGACAUCAUCAGAGACACUUUCCACUUCCUCCCUGGUCUGCUCGGACGUCUGUUUGGUGUCUCGUCCUGUCACCGAGACGUCCGGUCCAUCUCCUCACCCCAUUCCAGGAACGCCCGAAGCAGCCGUCCAAUCACAAAGUCAGACCGUCCUUUUAACAGCAACAGCAUCCUCUUGUGUCCCAAAUCCAGGCAAGAGUCAGAGCUCCACCUUCUCAACCUACACCUUCACAACAUGUCGGAUUUUACACCCGACCGACGUCACGCAGGUCACUUCCAGUGCACCAUCAUCUGUUCUGGCCAAUACACCCAGUUCCAUGAGGACUGGUCCCAGUACCCCUGUGACUCCCUGCAGGCUGAGUCUGGGCGACUCCUUCCCUCCUCGACGACCUCCUGCACCUUCCAGUGGUUUGGCUAAGCUAGUUCUGGAGCGGGGUAUUUCUGCACAAGUGUCCGUCGAUACCCCGUGUGCUUCGGCGAUGCCCGCCCCACGACGGCCCCUGUUGCGUCUCUUGCCGAACACGCCUGCUAACUCCCCCUCCCACACACCUGUCCCGUCUCCAGCACCGACGGAGUCUCGCCAACACCCAGCGGAUAAUUUCCUAGCCUCGCGGCCCGCAGAGCUUUUCCUCCAAGACGUCUAUGGGUUGAAUCUGGGUCGCGCCUCACACCCCGACCUACCAAGCCCUUCCCAGGAAACCACAGCCUUUGUCCCGUCCUCCAAAUCCAAUCGAUCCAAGCCUGCCCCGGUUAGUGUUGGUUUGGUAGAAAGGGUUCGGCGGUUGGGUUUCGCUAAGGUGCUGCACAGUUCAGAAUCGGAUGCUUCUGUGCCACGCCAGAAUUCUGCCACCCUGGUGUCUGCAGGCGGGGGAAGCCUGAUGGACGGCUUGAGGCGCAAUCAGAGCCUCCCAGCUAUGAUUGGUGCUCGAGCAGGUAGUAAGUUGGCCCCGCCUCCUCAUCCCACCACCCUGGCUAUACCUCCACCAGCAUGGGGGAACCUUAAAGAGCGACGGCGGCACCUUGCCUCCAUCUCUCAUCCACCGAGAAGUUCAGCGAAACACUAAGGAAUCCGUUGGACCGGACAAUCAGACAGUCCUUCUCUUCCCUAAUGCCUUUGCAGGGAAUCGGUGGACGGAACAAACCCCCACCCCCCCUUUUGAAGCACAAUUUAACCAUUUAAGGUGUCUCUGUGUGUACAUGCCUGCCACGAUGCUAGCACCUUAGCUAGACCUCGGCUGAGUAGUUCUCUUGUGAGGCCCCAGGUGCUCAAGGGUAGAAAUGACAGCAUGCAAGUGUUGGAAGGUUUGUGGAAGUCGACGAUAAAAGGGUCAGGAAAGUUUGUGAAUGAAAGUGAGAAUGGGUUUGAUUCUGUUGGAGGGUAAAAGAAGGUGGCGGGAAGCUCCCGGGGUCUUGAUGUUCUAAGGGCUUGUUCUGUAAAAGCUUUAGUCUGUAGUCGUACAGUUAUACCAGCCGUUCUGCUCCAACAAGCCUUCAGCGUGGAUGAAGGAACGUUCUAGGACUGCCAGUCUAACCAUGCACUUAGACCAAGCCUAUGAACACGCCAGUAUUAUUGUUAGCAUUCGUCCAUCGUGCACGAGUGUGUGGUUACCGUCCAACCGUCUGCAUGAAGCUCAAACUUUCCUACGUGUUCCAAGCAUGCAUCUGUUGGGCGUCAAGUGGGACCGGGUUGAAGGUUGGGUCAGAACCAAACCGGACAAAAACAAAGGGACUUUCUUCUCGUUCAGGACCGUUUGUGUGUUUUAAAUAGUAUGAGGCCUUAAAUAGAAGCGAGCACUGUUCAGGUUUGAGUUUCUGCUAAGCCGUGUCGUUUUGUUGCACUCGGUGGGACGACCGCCCACAAGUUCCAAGAUACGUUUUGUUAAACUUCAGGUUUGGUUUGAGAAAAAAGGGACAAUAACUAUAAAUAAUUUAAAUGGUAAAUCUCAUUUCUGCUUGGCUUUUGGUGUGACGGGGAAGUGGGUUAAACCCAGAGAUGUGUGCAGGACAAUUACUGGCCACUAGGUGGAAGUGUUGUAAUAUCGACCUACCUGCAUCAGAAACAAAAACAUAAGCUUCAAAUAUAACACUUAUCUCCUACCAAACCUCACAUCCUCCAUGUUUAACCUUAUUUUCCAUGACUACUAUUUAAUCCAUAACAUCGUUAUUUUUGUGUCUCUAACAAUGUAAGCUAACGUUUGAGCCAUGAAGGGAAUCCUUGUUAAAGGAAAACUUUCAUUUUCAAAAGACUUCUGUUUUGCACUUAUUUUAAACUAAUUUUAAAGGGAAAAGCUAAAUAUUUGUGUGAUUUGAGCUAGGGAAGCAGUGAUUUCAUGGUUUAGAUGUGCUCUAGUUGUCCGAUCCGGUCUUCCUCGAGAGGCUGGAUGUUCAACUUUGUGUUUUCUGUGUUUGAAAGCUAAUACUCCUAAACGGAUCCAGUUGUUGCCCUUGUUUGGCUGCCUCGCUUUCUUUUUUAUAAAUAAAGUGACAGUAAGAAAAAACCGAAUGGUUUAUUGUGACUCAGAAAAAGUGAACAAGUCUAGAAUUUUUUUAUGGUCCUACAAAUGCAUUUACUUAAAGAGCAAGUCACCCCCAAAUCAACUUUUUCUUGCUGAUAAACUAUAUAAAUGUGUAACUAAUUGUGCUGCAGACACGUGUCGUCAAUAAUUUGAUACUUCAGUGCAUCUUAGUUCAAAUUUAAAUAUUCUGCCUAAAACUGUCAGUGUUGUGCUGUUGUCAGGUAAAAACUCUGCACUGCAUUUGAAUUUAAAUUUGCCACCGCUAUUGGCUAAGAGGUAUGAUAUGAUGUAAACUGGUCUAUUAUGAUGUCACAAUGCCGUUGUGAGCCUGUGUGUGUGUAUGUGUUAGUGGCUCCGCCCUCUAGGUCUGCUAGGCAACAGCAUUUGUUGCAUUUUUCAAACAUGAAGAGGGAGUGAAGUAAGUUUCUUGUAGGGGGUGACUUGCUCUUUAAUGUCUUCCAGUUAUUUCUGUGGUCAGGACGGUUUGAAGAAGUCAGACUUCCUGAGUUUGUAAUCGGCACCAGUACUUUAGGUGAAUCCAGUCGUCGAUGCACUCACAGAGGACAAAGCUUGAUGCUGUCCAUGCUUGAUGAGAACUGUCCUAGGGCGAAGUCUAGACCAACCCCAACACCACUCCCCACCCCAAAGGUGGCGUAAAGUGGCUGGGUGAAGUUGGCCCUGAAGGUGUGAAGGUGCAUCAUGUUGUCCGCCACGCUGUAGAACGCCAGCGUCCCCGCGGACAGGUCCACGUAGAUUCCCACACGAGGGGAGUAGGUGACGGGGAUGUCCCGCUUCUCGUUGUCGUGCAUGGCUGAGCAGCAGGUGUCUGACAACUCCAGGGUCCACGACUGGGCGUUGUAGCCAAGACCUGACCUGGCAUCUGCCCCCUUUCUGGACAGUGCCCCAUAGGCCACGCCCAUAGAGGAGCCACGCCCUCUCCACUCCACCUCCCAAUAGGAGCGCUGGGCACACAGCGGGCUCUGGCACAUCACCUGGGUCCAGCCAUCAAAGCGUUGAGGGGUGUCCGGGUAAGGCUGUGCCGCCACCUGCAGAGUGGCUUUGGUGUCACCUUCAGAGAGAACCAGGCGUUUGUGGGCGGAGUUAGGGUCCAGGGUCAAACUCGUCGAAUCUAGAAAUGAUUUAAUGAACAGUGACGUUUAAAUACUUGUGAAAAUGGAAUAAUUUGGCCUCAACAGACUGAGACUCACACUGCAGGAACUCCUCUCUGGACCUUGGUUCUGGUGCCUGAAUGCUGUCGAUGCUGAUUUCUCUCACUGGGAAAUCAAAACAGGAAGUGAGUGCACAAGGAGAUCGAAGCAUUUUUGUUUCCUUGUGUCAUUUAAUAGAACUUUUCUUUCUUCUACAGAGGGCUGAAGACGAAACCACGUCGACUCACAUGCAGGGAAAGCAGGAGAUUGAAUCAUGGCGUUUGGUGUGGGCGUGUCCAGAAACAGAGUGGGGUUAACUGAUCAAUGACAAACCGUUGUUAGACACCAAAUGGACAAAUGAUGGAUUUUUACCAACAAACACAGAUGUAACAUUAUGCACUCUUACUCUCAGUUUGUGUUUCAGUCACAGCAGACAUGCCCCCUGUCGUAUUCACAGAAGAGAUAUGUUACUUUAUAGACCAUAUUUUAAUACAUGUGCAGUGCUCUCUGGUAGGAAUGAAUGCCUUGUAAGUCGUAUUCUGGGACAACAAAAGCUCAGAUGCUCCAGCUGAAGUUAGCUAGAGGAGAAAGUAGCUUCAGAUGACAUGAUUUAGAGUCUUAUUUCCUCAUAUUUGGACGUCUUGCCUCUGAUAGGCUAAUAGCAAUGUGACUGUACCACUGACUGUUUGCUUUGCAAUGUUGAUGUUUUAUCGCCACAAAUAACACAAGGCUGAAGGAGUUCUGCCAUGUGGUGGUGUUGCUAAAGCUAACAGUUAGCUUCUACUAGCCAAGAUGCACUCUGCUGUUCUAUUUGGUAUGGCUCCACCCUUUAACCCUCGCCCAUUGGGAGUUAGUCUCCGACAACAACCAAUGACUGAAGAGCUUUAAUGUACGCCCGCCUAACAGGUGGGCCCUGGUCCUAUAUAGGUAUGAGGACCAAGGGUCGUCUCCUUUUAAUUCUUCAACUAGACCUGACUGCAACUGACCUCGGGAUAACCCCACCCUCCCCCACGCAGUCUUUCCUCACAGCUGCUCAGUUUAUCUUAUGCCCGCCGCAGCUGUGUUGAGCUUGGUUUAUGCUUGACGCAUUUACUUUCCGCUUGGUGAUGCGGCUCGCGGAUGGAACGCGCUUCACAACUUGCAGCGUUUAUGGUUCAUGCGGCUUGUCUCUGCGGUGAGCCAAUAUUCUCCCAAACUGUAGGGGGCAGCAUGGAGCUCUACGGCAUGUAUACAACACUACACCAUAGUAGAAGUAGAAAUUACUGUUGUUGACAACAUGGCAUUCCAGCAUUUUUUAACAGCGUGCUCGUCUUUUCCGACAGUGCGAGCUAUUUCUCUCCAAGAAUUAUUAACAACAUGUUGAUCACGGUGCUCUUUGAGAGCCGAAUCAUACAAAUGUCCGUAUUUACAAACCUCUGCCAUACUUUUUCCGCGUCUGACCGUCCGCGUGGUUAGAAGAUUUCCUAGGUGCGCGGUGCGGAAAGUUUGGGCCGUGUGGAGGCGCGGUGGAGGGGCGUGGUUGUUAAUAUGACGCAAUUUUGCCGCGCGGACCUCGCGGACGCGACAAGCAUAAACCAAGCUUUAGGGUGUUGGGGGCUUUUUUUUGUUACUUGUUAACCAGUGGGCAUUUACUACAUCAUGCUCCGCCUUUAACCCAAUGGGCGAGGCUUGAAGGGCGGAGCCAUACGAAAUAGAACAUUGGUUACCUUUGUACCCCCAGAUUCUAUGAGUAUGGUGGAGCCCUUUAAGCAUCUGGCCCACUGGUUCUGGGGUUCUUUGAACUUUUGGAGACGAUCCUUGGUCCUCAUACCUAUUUAUAGGACCAGGGCCCACCUGUUAGGCGGGCGUACAUUAAAGCUCUUCAGUCAUUGGUCGUUGUCGGAGACUAACUCCCAAUGGGCGAGGCUUAAAGGGCUCUGCCAUACUCAUAGAAUCUGAGGUUACAAUGGUAACCAACGUUUCCUGGAGGCUAAACAAACGACAGCCUUCCUCGUUGCGAGUCAAGAUGGCUGAGACCAUGAGUGUUAAGUGUGAUGUAGAUCUGUCAGACUUUUCUGAACUGAGCGUUUGUCUGCCUGCUCGUUAAACUCCCGACAGAUAAUUUAGUAGGUGAAAAAUGGUUUCUCAGUGAACCUGAUCUUUAAUAAAACACUUGUUUUCACUGAAACUAGUCUUUCGUGAAGUUUUUGUCCCAUUUAAAUCAAGCCUUACAUGGACUUCCUCCUGCAGGUGCUGUGCUGUCAAUCGGCGUGGCUUGCUGGGUGCCGCGGCGGGAGCGAAACAGGCUGCUGAUCGAUGCCAUCCGGCUGAAAGCUGAGCACACCAGAAGAAGAAAUCGUGUAAAGUCGGACGCUGGCUGGGCUGUUGGGUGGCAGCAAAAGCUAAUGUGAACAUACCUCCUGUUGUUGCUGGAGCUGGGUUGGCUGGAACUGGAGUAGGAGUUGCCACAGAGGCAGCUGGUCUCUGACUAGACCUGGUCCAGAGAGACUGGGACUCUCUGCGGCUUGGAGUCGGACUAGGUGUGGGGCUGGGCCUGGGACUGGGCCUGGGACUGGGCCUUGACUCUCUCGCUGUUUUGAAGAAGUUGCAAAAUUAUUUGUAGGAAGUAACGACAGCCAUGGACGUAGUUUUGACUUUAGAAGGGGGGGGGGGGGGUCUUUACAGUAAGUAUACAUAAUUAUGCAUAAAAUUACAGCCUAGAGGCUCUUUCAUUAAUGUCAGGAAUGCAGAACUGUAAAGUACACAGGUGGCAGUAAAAAAAAAACAUACUUUCAAUUCAA